UCUGAAUUACAGAAGAUAAACUCACUGGAUUGGAGUUUGUUUGAAGAUCAGGAUGAAGAUCCUCCUCAUCUUCACCUUCUUCCUGAUCUCAGGUCCAGCAGCUUGCUUUGAUGUGAUUGGCUACUCAAGAGGCAGCAUCAUUAUCUACUGCAAUACCAAACUAUCUGGGAAUGAUGGAUAUUUCUGUAAAGAAUCAACAAACCAGUGUGUGUUUCUGCAAUCUGCUCAAAGACAAAACUCAUGGGAUCAUAAAGGCAGAGUUUCUCUAACUGAUGGUUCUGGAUACCUUAGAGUUUUCUACCAAAAUCUGAGUUUAGAAGAUGCUGGAUUAUAUUGGUGUGGAGAGACUGGAGUGUGGAAUCAAACUGUGAACCUGAGAGUGAAAACAGAUCCAUGUUGUUUGGGACCAAAGACUGUGAUUGGUUAUCCUGGAGAAACCACCAACAUCAACUGUCCCUAUCCAGAGGAGUUUCAGAAAAACACCAAGUUCUUCUACAAACAGAGCGAACCAUAUUUAUCUCCAGUGAUCUCUACCACUGAAUCUCAGAUAGGCAGCUUCUCCAUCUCUGAUAACAGAAGAUCUAGAGUUUUCAGUGUGAGAAUCAGUGAUGUGGGAGAAGAUGAUGGAGGAGUUUAUUACUGUGGAGAGUGGAUUAGAGGGAAUGAAGUCAGUUAUCAUCUCCUCUACACAGAGAUUCAUCUGCACAAGACCAGCACCAGCAGCUACCCCACCAGUACCAACAACUACCCCACCAGCACCAGCAGCUACCCCACCACCAACAGAGCCAACUACACCAACAGUGACCACUUCUGGUAA